AUUUUCAAACAGAAAAAGUGAGAUUUAUUACCAUUUAUUUUUGUUUUGAAACACCACAAGGGGUCAAAAUGAAUCAGAAGUUACAUCUGACCUAUUCCGAAAUAGAAAGAGAGAAGUCUGUCUUCUAAUCUUUGCUUUUCCUUUCAAGUGCAGUUCAGAGCAAAAGCUGGAAGUGUCUGCUGUCUGGGAUAUUCAGCAAUGGACAACGACUACAACAGCACAGAUGAAGAUGAGGACAGCCUUCUAUUUGCUUGUCAGAUUUUGGGCUUUUCAACCAUUACUGGAGCCGUGUUCAUCAUAAUCUUCAUCGUCAGCGUCAUCGGCAAUAUCCUCCUCUUAUUUAUUCUCUUCACUUUUGAAAAACUCUAUCUUGUCACAAAAAUCUUCAUCAUAAACCUUGCUUGUUCUGAUUUGAUCUUCACUGCCACAAUCCCCUUCUGGGCUGUCUACCACCUUCAUCACUGGAUCUUUGGGGACUUUAUGUGCAAAUUCAUCGUUUGGGUGCACUUCACUGGUCUGUACAGUAGCAUCUUUGUGCUAACGGCAAUGACUGUGGAUCGUUUUUGUACUGUGGUGCUGAACAACUGGCCAAACAACAAUCAGAGGAAGAAGCAGUGUGCCAUCGGUGUCUGUGUGGUUGUCUGGGUGAUCAGUAUUUGUAUAUCUGUGUACGAUGCUUUCAAAAUGGAGGUGUCUGAUGAUUACUACUGUGAAGUUUCUUAUUCUGAGGAACUUGGAUAUUAUUUCCAAGUUCCUCUGCUUAUUUUCGUCCCAAUUGCCAUUAUUAUUUUCUGCAAUUGUGCCAUUAUAUACACUAUUUUACAGACAGCAAGAAGAACAAGGCACAAAGCUCUAAGUAUAGUUUUUUGUAUCGUUGUAGCCUACACCAUUUGCUGGGGACCCUAUAAUAUUGUACUUCUCAUUCAGGAUUUGUACAAACCCAAAGACUGUGAAGAACUGGAGCGGUUGAAUAUUGUUUACAAUAUCUGUCGAAUGCUUGCCUUCUCCCACUGCUGUAUGAAUCCUCUGCUUUGUAUGCUCACACAAAAGUUUCGAAGCCACCUGUUUUAUCUUUUACGCCGCAGAGUUGGUAUUAACAGAGAAAGAGCCAACUGACCAGAACGUGUCUCAUGCUGAGAAUGCCAGUCCAGCUCGCAAAGCAUGUGUCCUGCUUAAGCUGCACAGCUCCCCCAAACAUCAUGCAGCCCACCCAUGAGGAACUCUCUUUUUUAAAUUUAUAUGUGCACAGGUUUACACAAAUUAUAUUUAUAUGGUGCAUCUGAAAGCCAGAAGUAGUAAUUAUAAUACAGAGAUAUGGAAUCUUAAAAGUCUGGAUAUUUUUUCCAUAAUGAUUGGAUUGACUCACCAUGUUGAAGAGUAACGUUACAAGCAUUUUUAAAAUAUAUAUCUUUCUGGCACCAAAUCUUUUUUUACACGUUGGUUCUUAUUUUUUGUCAAAAUAACAAAAUUUAUUGUGAUAAUUAGUCAGUUUUGUGUGUUCAGCUUAGUUAUUUUCUUCUUUUUAUUUGCUUAAGUUAAGUGAUCAGGACUGCAUACUGUAAAUGCAAUACUGCUAGGGUAAUACCAAGCACAACUCUAUUAUUGAGCAACAAUAAAUAAAAAAAUUGUUUGCAUUGUUUUACUUUGUUAUGUAGCAUUUUCAAUCAUUUGAAACUAUGUACUGAGUUAUGUUAAAUUUUGCUCUUAGUGCUUGAGUUUAGUCUGUUUGUUUCGCCCGUUUUAUGGUUUGUGUGGUUUUGAGUAAAUAAAACAUUUUUGCUUUUGAGUAAAUAAAA